AUGAGGUGGAUUUUCUCGCUUUUUAGUUUUUACGCUCUGGCUCAGCCAGAAUCGGGACCCGGCGUUCAAGUAUCAAGACGCAGAAUUGAUCCUUCUUGUCCUGAUGCUGAUCUUGGCGAAUUAUGCGACGAAGAUUGCUUUGAAAAAUGGAUCAAGUGUAAGGAUGGCUGUUUCAGCUCUUCUUGCGAGCGCCAAUGCGCUGGAGAGUGGACCGACUGCUACCGAGCUUGCCCGUGUGACGAGCUCUGCCCGAACGGUUGUGAGAACUGCGCGAAUCCAAUCUGCAGCUGUAAACAUCCUGAGAACGACCCAUAUUUUAAGCAGUGUCUAAAAGAGGCGGGAGUACGAUUGGAAGAUUGUUUCAAGUCCUGUGCGACGAAUAACACUUGUUAUGAUGGUUGUUAUGAUGUGUUUGAUGAAGAAAAGAGCUUUUGUCCAUGUAUGGACAAUUGUCCGAUGGGAUGUUCUUGUGAUGGCGGUUACGAAUGUCAGACUCAUGUGAUGGUGCUUGGCCAGGGGACUACAUAUUAUAACGAUUUUCCAAAUUUUAGUUAUUUGAUUUCUGCUGACGGAGAUUUCAAGGAAAAACGGCAUUACGAAUCUCCUUUAAAUGUAGAAUAUGGAUAUCUUUUCGGGUCUGGGCAUGCAAUCUUAAGAGGAGACGUGUACUUUUUUGGAUCAAUAGAAGGGCAGGCAAAAAAGAUUUCAAAAUUGUCUGGCUGUAAGAUUUUGAAUACUGGAACUCAACUUGUCGCUGCUUUUAAUGCUCUUUACGGAUCCCUCGCAACUGUUUCUGCUGGAACUGAGUCCGUUAUUUUAUGCAAUGGUUAUUCGACCAAUUGUGAAAGCUUUGACGGAGAAAAAUCUCAGUUUAUUAGUUCUACACAAAUCAGUCAUCGUGAAUCUUGCAUGGCAGAAUUUGAAAAUGCGCCGAUGAUCAUUGGAUCUUAUUCACCGUCUUCAAAUCGUGUUGAAAUUCUAACCACAAGCGGUUGGCAAGAUACUGCUCCUCAUCUACAUGAGAUUUUUUACCAUACUUGUCUUUCUGUCUCAAACGGAGUUCUUACGAUUGGUGGAUACUUGAACGAUGGCGAUGAAAGGGGUUAUACGAAAAAUGUUUAUCUCUUUCGAGAUGAUCAAUGGGCAAAAGUCGGUGUUUUGCAAUCGCCUUUCGAUCUUGCGUCAUCCAUUCAUUUUGGCGAAAAUUUUCUUGUUUUUGGUGGAGUUCAAACUCGGAACGUGGAAAGAGCAAUGUGGGAUGGACAGAAUGUUACUUCUUCCAUGAUUAUAAACGAGCAUGGAGGAGACUGUAUUCGGCCUAUUAUCUUCGAAAUUAAUCUAGAUUCCUGUACAGAAGGCUGUGAUGAUUUCUGUUACUAUUAA